CACGAAAAAUUCUUCGAUCCCGUCGCGACCCCGAAGUCAUCGUCGGGAGAAACGUCGGGUACGUUGUCAGCAUCGCGGUGCCGUUUGCCAUUCGUUUACCGCCGUGGUCACAUCUAUCUUCGUGAUACGUGCCACGGAUCCACGGAUCUCCUGCGCGCGAUCCGGGAACCAAUCCGGGAACCAAUUCGGUUUCCAAGAGACAACGAGAAGUGGGUCGCGCCAGAUUUCGCCCACACGCGGAGGUUCCCACCGCGAUCACCAGGUCGAUCCAGAAGCGCGUCAGUGGCGCAUCGCGCACGUUCUCGAGAGGAUCAUCAUCGAAAAAUCAUCUCGUGAAUUAUCGCGCGUAAGGCGACUACGAAUUGCCGAUCUACGGACGUCAGCGUCCGCGAACCGGAAGAAGAAUAUCGCGAGAGGUCCCUUGAAGGUGCAGCAAGAUCAUUCCGACUGCAGUGAGAGAGGACACUGAGUAAAAAUGCCCGGCGCCGGUGGCCAGCCACCGCAGAGGACCACCUUUCGACCACCAUGGGUCAAGGAUGGUCCGAACCCUCUGCCCAUGCCCACCGCGCCAUGGACCCUCAAUGCACGCAGAGAUUCCAAGCCGAAGACCGAGGAUGUGCCGGCAUUCACUCAAGUCACUUUAAAGAGUGUGCCGAAACCCGCAGAACCGGCAACGCCUGCUCCAGAUGCGCAACCGCGCAAACAGAGUAAAAUCACGAUAAUACCAUCGCAACCGAACAAUGAAAAGGUUCCAAGUAGCCGACCGGUACCGGCGAAGCCGACGAAGCCACGCGAGAAUGGACGACAAGAGCCAAAUUCGAGGCCACAGCUCGAGCGACAGAUUCGCAUCGACAGAUCUCGAUCACGAGGUGACAUUAUACCACUCUCGAAGAGCGAGAGCACCACAGGUGCACCAACUCUAUCCAAGAGCUCAUCACGAGCGAACGUUCCGCCACCGCCACCCCCGCGACCGCCACCACCGCCGCCUAGCAGGACGACGAUUCUCAAGGAUCUACCGCCCCUGAACAACAAACAAAUGCAGAAGUUGGAAACGCUAAAGUCCAGGCCAAGGAAGCGGCCGGACUGGGCUAGCAUGAUGAAAGAGGUCGAGAGCGGCAGGACGCUCAGGCACGUGAAAUGCAACGACCGGAGCGCACCUCUCAUCGAGAGGGUGAACAAAGUCACGGCCGACCCAGCAGGCAAGGCCCACUUCGUGUUUGAGUCCGAGAAGUCGAACAUGCACAAUCAGCUGUUGAAGCAGAUCCAGCAGGGCGUGAAGCUCAAAAGCGUGAGGACCAACGAUCGCUCGAAGCCGGUACUGGAGGGCCUGAGGAAAUUCCGCCGGCAAAUGACGAUAGAAGAACAAAUACAGAAGGCUGAGGAGGCGCCGGUGGACGACGCUAUGCAGGACGAGAUGGACGACAUUGACGCUGUGAGGGAUGAUUUGCAGAGCACCAAGCAGAUGCUCGCGAUGGAAUUGAGGAACAAGGAGGCUUUGGACCGAGACAACAAGCGAUUACAGGCAAGAAUUUUGAAUCUCGAGACAGAAGUGGAACGUAUGAAGCUCCAAAAGAACGCUCAGGAAAGCAAGCAGCAAGAUGAGAAACUCACGGAAUCCUUGAGACAGGAGGUGCAGCAAGCGAGGAAAGACGCGGAGAAGGCUGAGACGGAAUACGCAAUCGCUGCUGAGGAAAGGGAUAAGGCGAAGAACGAGUUAGAAGAAAUGAAAAAGAUGUAUGCGGUGUUGGAGAGACGCAUGAAAGCCGGAAUGGCGCUAGCUGGUUGCCCAAGCGCGAAAGACGUCGCCAAAAUCGCAUCUCAGAAGAGUAUAGACAAACAGAAGAGUAUAGACAAACAGGACGUCCCCGACACGAGCGAGGAGGAAGAGGAGAGCACAGAGGAAGAAGACGAGGACGAGGAUCCCAAAGCUAGCGCGGAGAAACGUGAGCAGAGGGAAAUCAAGCUGCUCAACACGAAAAUCAAGAAUUUCAAAAACAAAGCCGUGAACGCCAGGAAGGAGAGGCACGCGUUGAAGGAGCAAAUCAAGCAGCAGCAAAAGCUGCUGAAGGACGAAAAGAAGAAGUACAAGCAGUUGCACAAGCAAGUGGACAAGAUGGCUAAGCUGAUGGCGGAAACCGACGAGGACGAAGAAGAAGAAGAGGAGGAAGAGGACGAGGAGGUAGAGGAGGAGGAGGAAGAGGAGACCGAGUCCGAGGAAGAGUCGGAAUCAGAAGAAUCGGAGGAGGAAGAGUCCGAGACUGACGACGAAGGGGCGCCUGCAGAAAAGCGUAAAACCAAUUUGCAGAAACGCGUGAAGAAGCACGAGGGACGACUGGUGGCCCUGAAGAAGGGCAACUACCUGCUCAAGACGCAAGUGGACAGAAUCAAAGACGACCUGGUGAAGCAACGGGAGGCCAGCCUCCGCCUGCAGGAGGAUCUUGAUUCCGUCUUGGCGGAACUAGGUUAGACCCCUGGUCCCCCCACCCCCGCAUGAACGGGGGAUACUUCCAACUGCUGAGAUUGUAUACACGUAUAAAUAUUACUCAUUGAAAUAUAGACAAUUGUACGGUUA